AUGGCUCCCAGAACGCCUGCGAAAGCACCAUCGAAGCCUGCUAGUACCCCUGCUUCUAAAACAAAGACGACCUCGGCAACGAAGAGACUCUCUGUUAAGGCUACCGUCCAAAAACCGGCAUCUACUCCGAAGCCGGGCAAACCAGCUCGCCGCAGCAACAAAAGCAAGGCUCCCGAACCUGUCGACGAUGAGGAUUCUGAGGAGGAAGACGAGGAUUCUGAUGAAGAAGACGUACCUGAUGCUGAGGAGGACGAAGAAGCGAAGAAUAAAAGAACAGCUGAAGAAAAAAAGCGGGACGUCGAUUGGUUGGCCGACGACAUGGCAAAGUCAUUCGCCCUGAUCGCGGCUGUCACCGACGACAAGGUCAUCAAGAAUAUCAUCUAUCCCGGACCAGGCGCCCAUGCAUCGACCAAAAACGGCGGCGGCAAGAAGAAAACCUUGGGUUACCGCAUGUGUCACGAGGCGCUCUUCGAAAACGACCCGCAGCUCAAGGAGAUCUACCGCUUUGACCGUUCGAGGUUCGACCUUCCAAAGAAACAUCCGGAUAGGGCGGAGGGUAAGAAGUGGCUCACGAAAUGGAACAACAAAAUUAAGAGCAGACUACAUGCUAUGGCUACCGAGACGACAAAAAAUAUUGUCGCAAUGGGCAAGACUGGCGCGGGUCUCGCCAGCGCGGAUCUCAUCACCGCGGGAUCCGAACUCGAGAACGUGUGGACGGUUGUGAAAGAAAAAUGUCCGUACUUCUACGAGAUGCGUGAUCUCAUUGGCGACCGCCCAAGCGUGGUUCGCACGGGUCUCGGUAAUCCCGACACGCCGAUCGACAUGGACGUUCUUGAGACCACUGCUGGUGAGGUCGACGACGGCGAGGAGGCUUUGCAGUCUGGCGAGGAGGAUGCCGAGGGUGAAGACGAGGAGGACAUCGUGGUGGUAACGGGCAACGACGCGGCGAGCGCGGCAGGUGCGGCGGAUCCGGCGAGCGAGGACGCGACGGCUCCCGCAGUGCGAAAGAAGCCAUUCGUGUCGGCUCUUGACUUUGAGCACUCGGACUCUGAGGACGGACACCCUAUGGAGCUCGAGGCCGUACAGGCGGCCGAGCUACCGCCGCGCAGGCGCAAGCGCAAGGCGGACGCGGGUGAGAAGGCCGCGAGCACGCCCGACACUUCUGCCGCCGGCGCGAACAAGUCGGCGCCCAAGAACGGGAAGAAACAGAAGUCGUCUUCGACCACCUCCAACACCACAUCCGCACCUCGAGGGAGUGACACCGGCCGUAAGAAGAGCAAGAUCGACCAGUUCGCCGAGAUGGCGGCGAGCGAGCAGGAGCUGCAGCUUAGCGAGAUAAAUCUUGCGAAGGCCAAGGCAGACCGCGAGGCGGCUCGGGUUAAGGGCAAGGUGGAGAACGAAAAGAUCCGCCUGGAGGGUCUCGCGAAGAAGGAGGAGGGCAAGUCGAGCUUGAGGAUGGAGAGGCUGAAGCUUCAGCAGCUGGAGAUGCAGUUCAAGAUCAAACGCAUGGAGAUCAUGCAGCAACAGGCGCCUUCCGGACCCUUUCCCGGUGGAAUGCGCGGUGGCUGGUACGGGCCACAAGGGCCCUCAAUGUGGGGCAUGCCGCCCAACAUGUACGGUUCUAGCCCGUCCUAUGGCUUCAACGGUCCCGCUCAAGGCUUCAAUCACGGUUCCGCUCAAGGCUUCAAUAACGGCACCGCUCAAGGCUUCAAUAACGGUGCUGCUCAAGGCUUCAAUAACGGCUCCGCUCAAGGCUUCGCUGGCCCUUCGCAAGGCUUCGCCGGUGGUGCGGGUCCCUCGAACGGAGGAUUUGGCGGAUCGGGAUCGAGGGAUAUGCGUAAUGGUUGGGAGCAUGGUGACAUGUCGAUUGGUGGGGGGUUUGAUGAGGAUGCGGAGAUGUUCAACGGGAGAGGCGGCCAACAGACUUACGGUAUGGAAGGGAAUGGAAUGCCUAUGCCUGACUACUAUGCCGACGAGACGUGGAAUGUGUCAGGGCAAGGUUCUUUGUAUGGGCAGGACGAGAACAAUUAG